CCCGCGUGCGAGCGGGGCCGCGCCCGCCGCCGCCGCCCAUGACCCUGCGCUCCGCCGAGUCCCUGCAGAGCGCGGAGAGCUCCGGGGAGCGCUGGGGGCACCCCGGGGCGGCGGCGCCCGUUGCCGAGGAGUGCCGUGAGGCGGAGCAGCUGGCCGCGGCUAUGGAGGAACUGCGGCGGGCAGGAUGGUACUGGGGCAACAUGACUGUUGCUGAAGCCAAAGAAAGGUUACAGGAUGCCCCUGAAGGGACCUUUUUGGUUAGGGAUAGUUCGCAUUCAGAGUAUCUACUGACUAUAUCAGUAAAAACAUCAGCGGGACCGACCAAUCUACGUAUAGAAUAUCAAGAUGGCAAGUUUAGACUGGACUCUAUCACUUGUGUCAGAUCUAGACUUAAACAGUUCAACAGCGUUGUGCAUUUGAUUGAGUACUAUGUUCUUAUGUGCAAGGAUAGAACUGAAACACCUUCAAAUGGAACAGUUCAUCUUUACUUGAACAAACCCCUCUAUACAUCUGCUCCAUCUCUGCAACACCGCUGCAGAAUAGCUAUAAACAAGAGCACAAAUCAGAUCUGCGAGCUGCCAUUACCAACAAGACUAAAAGAAUACUUGAAAGAGUAUCAAUACCAGGUAUAAAUAUAUUUUAUAAAUGCCUCUAACACAGAGUAACUUUUGAAUGCAAUUUUUAAAAUCAGCCAAAGAACUGAGUAACCAGUUGUACAACUCAGCAUGGAAUUCACUAUCAAAACAGUGGCAGUUCUCGGGGAAAGGUUUUUAUUUCAGAUGCUACAAAGGGAGACUUUAUGUAAAAUAAUCCCAGUUUGCAUCCUUGGGGGUUCAACGAGGUGGCAUGCUAUUCUUGCAAGGAGAGAGAAGCCAGGAAUCUGUCAGAUUGUGUUGCUUUGUCAAUAAAAUGCUGCACUAACUAUCAAAUGCUUACUGAAGCAGUGGGACUGGGAGAGACUUCAUAAGUGGUCAGAAACAUAUGAGAGUUUGCAAGUAUCUCAGUUGUCUGAUUCCAAGAUUAAUUUGGUGCUGGUGUUCAUAUAAUCCUAGAAGCUUAACUAGAUCACACUGUGAUAAUCUUGCUAAAGUUAUGCAACUAAUCAAAUCCAGUCAGAAAAAUGAUCAUGUAUUCAGUUUUUAUUGAACUAGCCUCCUUUUCUGCAAGCAAAGGAGUACUGUAAGUAAUCAGUCUAGAACAUUGUUUUUCAAAGUUCUCUGAAAGCUGACCUUAAGAAGAAAUGUCACAUCUUUCACAGGAGCCCAGUCGAUUGCUGAUUAUACCAGAUUGGCAUCCCAGAAUCCUUAAUGUGUUAACAUCUUCACAGUGGUGAUGUAUCCAUGCUAUGAUUAUUAAGCCUCUUUUGGUUGAGGCUUUAGAGCUAUGUGCUUCAGACUUGCAGUUCCAAUGUCAAAACAUGGGUAUCAGCAGCUACAUGUGUCUUCUACAGUGUAGAAUGUUUUCUUCAGCCUGUUUCCCAAAAUAUGGGGAAAUACGAUGUGGAUUUUUUUUUUUUGUAAAGGGGUUGGUUUUCCUUUUUCUUCUUUUUUAUUUCAUUAUUUUAUUUUAUUUUAUUUUAUUUUAUUUUAUUUUAUUUUAUUAUUUUAUUUUUUAACAUCCAAUUCACCAUUGUAGCUAUCAGAUAAUUACUCAAUAAAGUAAAUCAAAGUGCACAACAAUCUCCCAAUCUUUGUAUGUAUGGAUUUGCUACUAUGCAGGAAAGAGUCCUCUUAUAUAGGAACUUGUAUUAUUUCUCAGCUAAUACUCAGAUAAAUGCACAUGUAUCAGUGAGAAUGAAUAACCCUGUUUUGCCUUUGUGGUGCUGCUCAAAAGUAUAGCUGGAUUACAUUCAGAUUAGUGGCUUAGAGGCUGUCUGCUGAAUUCCUGUAGUUGGGUAUUAGCACAGGACAUUGCUUUUUCUGUUACAGUAGUCUUCCAAACAGGAAGAGGGGACUAAGACCCUCAGUACCCUUUCUUCAGCCCAAAGGUAAAGUAUUUAAUAGAAGAAAUACACAGGACGAGAAAAAGAGGGAAGCAGUAAAGAGAGAAACAAGGAUAUAGACUCAUCCUUAGUCAACAAAUUAAAAGUUUUAAUUCUUUCCCUAGCUUAUUUGUUGAUUAAAGGAAAGACCUGUGCUUGAACAAGGAGGGUUGUCAAGACUUGCUGUAAUCUAGCUUUGCCCAGGCUGAAAUAGAACAACAUAAAAUAAUCUUGUUUUCUUUGUGACUUAACUGUUCUGUUGUGCUUUAAAGAUGUUCUGUCCCUUCUCAUAAACUCUGGUGCCCUGACCAGCUUUAUUUGUUGCAUCUAAAUGCCUAGUGUUGCACUCAGUUUUGUCUGUAACAUGCUGGCAGAAAUGAGUAGCAGAGCCAUUGUGAAAUAGAAGGCACUAAGAACGUGAGGCAGAGUGAAUGGUUCCUUGAUAUGACAAUACUUAAUACGUUCUUGCUCUUUCUGUGGAAAAGGCGGGUUUCUCCUCCUCCAUGGCUUAAAUUUUCUGUCCCCAUUUUAAGCUUUAGUAUAGAAAUGGGAUGAGUUUUUUUCUUAACAAAAUAUUUUGUUAUGUAAAAUUUUCCCCAUGUCUUGCCAAGAUGUAUUUGGAAAUUUUUCACAUUAUAUGGUGACCACCUUUUGGUUCCCAUGCCCAGAGAACUCUUGAGUUCUAGGUAUGUGUCAUAAUUACACAGUUCUUGUCAUCAGUCUUGCUAAGAUCUGCCACCCUCAGGCUGAUGAGCUUUUCCUGUGAGUAGAGCCUGUCAAAAAACUGUGUUCCUGGGAACACUUUUCAUUCUGAUGAAUCUUUUCUUACAGUUCUUGUCUAGCUCUACCCUGUGGUGAGAGAACUGAUAUAUGGAAUAACUUCCAUCACAGUGACAAACACUCUAAUCUGCUGCUGUGUUAACAUUCUACUACUGUGCCUUUUCAGCCAGGGUGAUAUGCUUGGUGUCUCAAUGGUAAACACAUUCUACUAAGGACCUUUAAAAUAAAUCCCUGAGGGUUUAACAACAUGAAUUCCAGUGCUGGAGCAAGCAGACUGAGAAGAUAAGAGCUUUGGGAUGCAAUGAGACUGCUAUGUUGCAAAUAUAAGAAAUGAUUUGUGGCUUGCUGCUGGCAGACUGUGUGAACAGUCACAGGCCAAGUGUACCCCACAGCAGAGCCAGGCUCUGAGGAACAACAGGCAGAUGCAGAGAAGCUUGCUGGUUUUUUUAAUAAGAGUUCUCCAAAACACAAGGGCAAAUGGCAGGCUGAGAACAAGGAGUGCUGGCAAAGUGAAAGGUGGUGAUUCUUGUAACUAAUCAAGUUACUGUGAUGUGGAAUCAAGUCACCAAACAUUGAGCAUAUUGACUUAGACUUUGUAUCAUUUGUAGUAGUUCCUAUGAGGAAAAGUAGGCUCUGUAAUUGUAGUGUGCUCGAAGCUGUGAACAAUAUUUUAAACAGACUGGAGGGGGAACUAGUCCUCUUUGUAUGAAAGCACAGUUCUUGUCCUCAUUAGGAUGCCGGUCCUAGGGGUGAUGCAUUGCACUAGUAAAACUAAACCACAGUAUAGCUUGCAGAAAUCUCGGCUUCUUUCUAAUGCAGCACAGAGGAAUGACUUGUUCUGGUACAAAAAAAUCUGAUGACAGAACAUGAUUAGAGUUCAGCGAUACAAAGAUCUUGCAUGUAGACUGUGUGAAUUUUCAAAUAUGAAAAUUUUCAGACAUAUUGUUCACACAUGUUGAAAAUUUAAAAAAAAUGCAGUGCCUUUUUUUUAAAUUGUGAGCCCUUCAGAUUAUAAAAAUUACUUCUGAUAUAUAUCGUCUUGAAUUGCUAGUAUAGUGUGCAGCAAAGCCAGUUUCACAGGUUCAAUGCCCAUGAGCCAAGCAAAAAUCAUUAUAAGGACUUUAAUCCUAAGCCUUUUUUUCACCCCAUGUGUUGGUUUGUUUUGUUUUUUUUUUUUUUCUUUAGUCUUGGAGUUUCAGAUUUUCCAGUUUAUACCUGGAAUGUUAGCAAACCUCUUCACUUUACUUAAAGGAAAACAAAGAACCCUACAAUCCUAAAAGGUGAUGCUUAAAAAAACAACCAAAAUAAGCAUAAUUGCAAAAUGAAUGAUGAAAAUUGAACUGGUGAUAGUAUUUAGUUUAGCACUAAACCUAGCAGAAGUGUAAACUAGGGCAGUAUUUUAGUUGUAUGGGUAUCUUUCUGCUGGUAGUAUUAUCACUAGAGACAGAAAACGGUUUGAGUACAAGAUGCAUGGGUAGAAUGGGAAUGUAACCAAGCAGCUGUGCUCAGUGCAUUAGAAGUAAUUUCAUUUUAAUCUGAUUUUGUCUUUAUUGUCAUAAUUAUAUUUUAUGUAACCACAUUCUAGAUAAACAAUAUAAAAUUAUUAGCAAGAAGGAAAAAUCUUCACCAGAAUAUGGGGGGCAGAGGGUUUUUUUAAUAAAAGUAAACACCAGUGAGGAAUUUGCUCCUAUAAUGAGGCUAAGUCUCAUCACCUUGAGAAAACAGAAUCUACAUAUGACAGGGAGGAUAGAGUUCUGUAGUUGUGUAAGAUUUCUGUACCUUAGCCAACUCUCAUGUUUUAGCAAAAUGUUCCUGCAGGUAAACUACCUUGUUAAAGAUUGUUUUAAAAACUUUAUUUACUUAUAUGCUCUAUUCAAGAGCUUUUUCUUGUAUUCUUGAUAACAAUCCUAUUGAUUUUUCCUUUGGCUAUAAUUGUAGGCUCUAGCAGAAAGCAAGUCAAGUGAUAUCAGGGCUUUGCUCUCCUUAAGCCAAAACACAUAAUGGAAAUGGGAAGAGAUAUUUUUAGACAUGGGUAUCAUGUCUAAGAGUAAUUUAAAAUAAAGUAAAAUAAAAUUUUUGCCAACUUUGCAGUCAUUAAAAUUAUUUUAAGUGUCACAUUUACUGCUAGAGGAAACAAGGGCUUGAGGGAUUCUAAAAACUGUAUUGCUAAUUCUCAAUAACAGUAAAAAAUGUUUGAAAGGAGACAUUUUAUUUUAAAAAUAAAGAAAUUAAUUAAACUUUUGCUGUCUAAACCAAAGAAGUUCUAAAUAGAGUAAGUAGAAGUUAGUUGAAAGGUCUGAGCUGGUUAGUUCUGUAUACACAAAGGAAGUGGGGAUGACAAGCUGCUUUGGUAUCUCAGCCCAGCUCCUGGAAAGCACUUCCCUAUUAGCAAUAGAUUCAGCAGGUCUCAGUAUUUUGCUAAUCCAUUAGAUUGACUGAAAAUGCCUAGAAAUAACAUUCCACUGACACAUAACUUCAGUCACCAUGGUCUGUUUGCAACAACAUGGCGAUUUGCCACAGUAUUGCUAAAAUUGGGUAGUUUUACAACAGACUGAGUAUCAGUCAGAGGAAUGGGGAGGCAGAGUUGGUUUAGAUGCUGACCAUCACUGGUCCUUACCCCUGUCUAUAGAGAGCACAAGCUAGGUGAAACACAGCUGCGAGAAACAAGAUGAGAAAAUAUUCUGCUUUCUAAGUCGGGAAUUACUUGUCUGGCUUUCAUGUCUGAGAAGUGACUGAAGAGAAAGGACAUGGAAAAGCCAGCAGCUCCUGUGACAAGUGGUACUUCUCACAAGGUGUAUCACUAACCACCUGGAUGAGUACAGUGCUGAAAGGUGUAUUAGUAGAGAUUAAAGGUCAUGGGGAAUAACUAGUAUCAGUACAGUUUGACAUAGUACAUAUAGACAAAGUCUGGCUAGAUAAUUCAAUUCUGAGAAAAAAGAAAAUUAGUUUAAAGCAAAUUCAGUAUGUCCUGGUGUCAGAGUUAACCAAGCAGGAGGGGGAUUAACUGUGUUUAUUAAUCUGGUUAUCUACAGGGCUUUAAAUUAGCCAGUGCCCCUGAGAAAAUCUAUAGAAAUUAAAAAAUAUAUCACCAUAAUUAUGCUGAUUAAGCUGCCUGAUAAAUUGUGUAUUUUAUUGUACUUAUAUUCUAUUUUUAAGAAGGGAUUGCACCUGUGUUUCAUUUUGUUUUCUUUCAAAAUUGGAGCCAUUAUUUUUCAAGGAACUGAAAUACCAAAAUAAUACUACUCCUUUUUAUGGUGUUAAGGAGGAACAUAAUGCUGGAGCAAAAGCUAUUUAUAUUAGCAUAAAGAAUGAGCUGGCAUUUAGUAGGAAAAACUUCAAACAGAUAAUAUCCAGAAAAAGUUUAGUGGUGAAUGCUGCAAAGAACAAAAUACACUUUAAAAACCCAAACAAACAAAUUCAAUGCUUCUGUCUUGAUUUUUCUUUCACUGGAGGGCAGGCUUUAUGUAAGUAAAUCCUUUUGAUUCCAGUCGAACUGUUCUAAAACUUAUGUUUCAUAGCUGAAGUUUGCAACUUGGUGCAUGUAAGACAUGGGGAAGGACUCAAAGCCCAGUGCAAAUUCUUCUUUUGAAGUUAUUUGGAUCAGGCCUGAUAGCAGGAUUUUAUGAAAAAUAGUUGUAAAUGUGGUAGCUGAAAGUGCAAAAAUCCCCUUUCAAAAUGCUUUGUUACAAUUUAACUGUAUCUCUUUAGGUUGCAGCCCUGAAAUAGGAUCUGUUCAGCUGAGUUGCUGUACCCACACUCUGCCUCAGGGGGAAUCUCCAAAUUUGAGAGAUUGCUCUUGACACCUUUUUAAACAUUUGCUUUUUUCUUACCCUGUUUGACACAUCUGGAGGGCAGAAUAAGUUGUGGAUCAACUCCUACUGUUGAAGGGAUUUUGGGCUAAUUGAUUUUCUGUAGGAAGAGCACUAUUAAAGACUGAGCUGCAGUUUAUCCAUCUGUAAAGUGGGAUCCAUUCUUGGAUCUGUAAAGUGGGUGGUGGACUCAACCUUCUGUAAUUUCUCAGCAUGGGCUUAUAACAUUGUGUUAUAAGUGGCUUAUAACAUUGGCAAAAAAAGUGGCAAAUAACAUCGAUAGGAACUUAAGCUGCAAUGAGGGCAAUACCUUUGACUCGCUGCACUGCUACAAAGAGAGAUGGAAGUAAAUUAGGAAAGUGAGAUCCUUGUCUAAUUAGAUUGCAGUGGAUGUGGCACAGCUCCUUCCUGAGCUCGAGUGCUUCAGACGGGUAUUUUCUGUGGGGAAAGCUGCUUGUGAGAAGCUUUCUGGAAAUUCAUCUGUUUCUUUUAACUCCCCUGAUAGAGGAUCCAGCACCUACUGCAGGAUGCUUCACUAGCCUGCAGGCAGGCAGAUUUCAUUUUGAAAGGGAACAAAAUAGAUCAAGUGAAUUUUUGUUCGAAGGGUAUUUUUUUGUUUGAAAACAGGAUGCAUGGGAAAGGUAUAAGCAGUGAAAAAUCUCUUGCAAGGCUAUCUGUAAAAGCAUUCCAUCGAUCAUUGUUAGCUCCUGAAGUCUAACCUUAAAGUAAGAACCUUUCAAAAUACAGGUAUUGUAUAUGAGUUUGUCCAGUUCAAAUCCAGGGAAAGCAAUAGAACAUUGCAGAAAGCAAUAGCUAUUAUCCUCCUAAACAAAAGCAACCUUCCAGUCUUUUAUCUAAAAUAUUAGAAAACCAUUUCAUAUACUGUAAUUUGCAAGUAAAGUAAGUUGGUUUUGUGAAAAGGUUUCAGACUUCUGUCUUUAAUUAGUUUAUUUGCUAGUGUUUGAUUUUCGGGUUAAUUAGUGAAUUUUCUUUGUUCUCAUAUUAAUAAAAUGGUGCUUUACAUUUAAAAAUCAUUUAGUAAGUCUGGAAUAAAUAAUAAAUAAUAAGAGGCUUGCAGUAUUUCAUCCGUCUCCUCAAAGAGUCUUUAAAUUAAACUUAAAAAUAGAGAACUACAUUAAUUCAUAUGUUUAAAGGACUACAAAUUCUGAGAAAUACUGAGUCAUGUUUUGCAAGUAUUAAUUACACUUUUUUUUUUUAAUUCACUGGAUUUUUUAAAUGAAAUGUAUACAAAAGUUUUGCAGUGGAUGCCUGCUUCCUUUUUAUAAUUAUUUAUCAUUAAACUUUUUGCUAGAGAUUAUUUGUAUCAUAGUAAAAAGCACUAAGAAUUCAUUGCAGUACUGCUAAUAAAUACUUAUUUUUAUUAUGGAAACAAAUGUAAAUGUAUAGACACUACAGAGUCAGUUUAAACCCUAUGUUUUAAGAUGCUUUAGAACUUUCUGUGUUAUAUUUUACCCACGUGCUGGACGUGCCUUUUAAUAAAAUACUACUUUCAAGGAA